AUGAUCUUCCAUCUUCCCUUCAACUCCAAGAGAAAUAUCUUCCCCUCCAGCCUGGGCCCAGAAUAUGUCGGCUUUGACCAUAUUACUUGGUGUCUUGGAAACUCCAAGCAGGCAGCAUCAUACUAUGUGAGCCGUAUGGGAUUCAAGCAGAUUGCAUACUGCGGCCCCGAAACUGGAUCCCGAAGCGUAACAUCUCGUGUGGUAUCCAAUGGACAGGCCGUAUUUGUCCUCGGCUCACCAGUCUGCGGUCCUUCGGAGAUGGGAAUCGAUAUAUCGAAGAAAGAAAAGGCCGUUCUGACUGAAAUGCACGAUCAUCUUACUAAACAUGGCGAUGGAGUCAAGGAUGUCGCUUUCCAGAUUGAAGGAAACGUCGACGAUGUCUGGAGGCGCGCAGUGGACUGUGGCGCACGGCCAAUCGUACGCCCGGUUACUCUACGAGACGGCAAAAAUAGCCCGGUUAAAAUGGCCACCAUUGGGGCAUACGGCGAUACCGUACACUCGCUCGUCAACCGGCAGAUAUACACCGGCCCAUUCUUGCCUGGAUACGAAGCGGUAUCUGAAGAGGAUCCAAUAAAUGACCUGCUACCUAAGAUCGACUUUAUUGACAUUGACCACUGCGUCGGAAACCAACCGUGGAAUGGACUCGACCCAGUCUUACGAAGAUGUUUAAACUCCCACCGCUACUGGACAGUGGACGACUGCAACAUGUGCGGUGAUUACUCCGCCAUGCGAUCCAUCGUGGUGUCUUCCCCGAACGAGGUGAUCAAAAUGCCCUUGAACGAGCCGGCACCCGGCAAGGGGAAGCCACAGAUUGAGGAGUUCGUCAACUUCUACAACGGCGCCGGCGUCCAGCACAUCGCCUUCCGAACGCACAACAUCGUCACAGCAAUCACCAAUCUCCGAGCCCGAGGGGUUUCAUUCCUGCGCGUUCCACACGAGUACUACGUCGACCUUCGCCGGCGUCUAUCUCAAGUGGAGCUGAAAUCAGAUGAGGACCUCGACCUGUUGGAGAGACUGAACAUCUUGGUGGACUUUGACGAGAAAGGAUACCUGCUCCAGAUAUUCACCAAGCAUCUCUCGGAUCGUCCGACGGUGUGUAUCGAAGUGAUCCAGCGCAACCGUUUUGAUGGAUUCGGGGCGGGGAAUUUCAAGAGCUUGUUUCAGGCUGUGGAGCGGGAGCAGGCUUCGAGGGGGAAUCUAUAG